AUUGUUGAGUUACCAUACCGCAUUUUAAGUCACCAUGAGGUUCGUCAUCCUACUUUUCUUCCUCGUAACCACGGGGGUUACCAUGGCAACACACUUCUACAAAGCUGAUGUAGACGCCAUCGAUGAUCAGUUCAUCGUUGUCUUAAAGGAUGGAAUCGAACUUGAACCAGUUAUUCACAAGUUUCUAGCUGACACCCACUCCGAAAGCAUCCUGGCAUCCAUCAAGCUACGCUACCAGAAUCUUCUCACUGGGUUCGUUACCAAGGUUACGGAUAGGAGCCGCGCCUUGCAACUGUUGAUGGCCCUACCUGGGGUUGACUACAUUGAACAGGAUAAAAUAAUUCGAGCCAAUGCGGUAGCUGGAUCAUGGGGAGUUGAUAGAAUCGACCAAAGAGACUUGCCACUUAAUGAUGACAUGACUAUUAAUAGCUAUGGAAAGGAUGUCAAUGUGUACAUCAUCGAUACCGGUAUCAACCCAGACCAUGAGGACUUCGGAGGUCGGGGAAUGCCCGUCAUGGACUUCGUUGAGCCAGACAAUGGAGCUAUCGACUGUAACGGACAUGGAACCCACUGUGCAGGUACGGUGGGUAGCAACACCUAUGGUAUCGCACGUGAAGCCAACCUUUAUGGUAUCAGAAUCCUGAGUUGCAGUGGUUCUGGAGCCGUCAGCUCAUCAGUUGCAGCAUUGGAUUGGGUAGCUGUAGAGGGAAAGAGGCCAGCAGUAGCGUCAAUGUCCUAUGGAGGGUUCUACUCACCAACUGAGAUGCGUGCUGCGGAGAGGGCCAAGGAAAUGGGCGUGGUCCUGGUGGCUGCCGCUGGAAAUAGUAAUGACGAUGCCUGUUUCUCAUCCCCAGCUGGAAGCCCUGAUGUGAUUACCGUUGGUUCCUCAGACAGUCAAGAUAGUCGUUCCUCCUUCUCCUGUUAUGGAAGAUGCGUCCAACUCUUCGCCCCAGGCUCCAGCAUCACCAGCCUGGCCCACGACUCGAACGAUGGAACCAAAACCUACAGUGGGACGAGCAUGGCAUGCCCCCAUGUUGCCGGCAUUGCAGCCGUACUGCUAGGCCAGGGUUACUCAGCUCAACAGGUCUAUGAGAAGAUUGUCAGUUCUGCAACCUUUGGCAAGAUUGCCAACCCUAACGGAACCCCUAACCUGCUGGCCUAUCUCGAUUAAAUCCAUCUGCUGACAAUAAAGAAUUAUGUCGCUUUUGAAUUUCCUCCAUUGUAAUGCUAAUCACAAUUGACUAAAAUUGUCAUUAAAAGGUCUAAAACACAACCGCAGAAUAAACAACGGUAAGUUUUAUAAACGUGAGUGCUGUCACAACAAAUUGAUGGCAUUCUAGUGAAUUUUUUGCACAAAUUAAGUACUCAAACAGUAUUCGUGAGAUAAAAGAGCAUUUGAAUUUCAACAGGUUUAUAAAGUUCGUAGAUUGAAUUCCUCUUGGUACAGAUGAGGUUGAAUAAACAAACGACCUUUAGUCAUAAGCAUAAUUCUAAGUACUUUUCUUUCAAAUGCGUUAAAUAGAGCGAGACCUUAAACAAACGCGACAUAAUACAUGGUUGUAUACUGUGAGAAAUAUUUUACUGAUCGAUGGAUCGAGGUGCUGGAUUGCGAAUCAUUUCAAGGAUAUCUGGUUUGAUCCAUGGACUCAUGUGUAUUGUUUUGUGUGAACAAUAAAGGAAAUCAAUGAUGAAAGGCA